AUGAGUCGUGCAGUCUUCGCGGAGAAGGCGACGCUGGCGUCGGAGCGGGCGAAGGAGUUCAUCAACAGCGGCGGCAGCAUGAUCUCACGUGCCCGCUCCCUCGUCUCCGGCGAUGCACAAUUCUUCUCCGUGCAGCCCAAGGUGGAGGACCUGCGCCGUCACCUCGACUCCGACUCUCUGCACGAGAAGCGCGACGCGAUGAAGCGCAUCAUUGCGCAGAUGUGCAAAGGGAACGACAUGUCGAACCUCUUCGCGGAUGUGGUGAAGAACAUCCACACCACGUCGAUUGAACUGCGUAAGCUCAUCUACUUCUACGUCACGCACUACGCGGAGGAUAGACCUAAUGAGGCCCUCCUCUCCAUCUCCGCAUUUCAGAAGGACCUGCUGAACCCGAGCAUGCAUGUGCGUUCGCUCUCGCUGCGAAUGCUCAGCGCGAUACGCAUCCCUGCGAUUCAUCCGCUCGUGAUGCUCGCCGUAAAGAAGUGUGCCACCGACGUAGACCCGCUGGUGCGAAAAACGGCUGCUAUUUCCCUCGCCCAAAUGCACGUCAUCAGUGGAAGCGAAGAGGACACCGUGACGAUGCAGGAACUCCUGCAGCAACUCUUGGCGGAUAAGAGUAUGGAUGUUGCCUCAGCGGCCGCUCUCUCCUUUAUCGAGAUAUGCCCAGAUGAGACGCAGUUCAUCCAUCGCGUCUACCGCGACCUCUGCCGCUCGCUUAUCGACUGUGAGGAGUGGGGGCAAGUGGUGCUUUUGCAUGUCCUCCUCCGCUACGCGCGGACGCAGUUCUGCGACCCCAACAAACCUCGGUCAUCAAAUUCCACCAACAAUAGCAAUGAGGAUGCUGGCACAAAGACCGAGAACAGCAAUGAUGAUGAUGAUGACGAUGAUGAUGAUGAUGAUGAUGAUGAUAGCAGCUCGUCUUCAUCGUCCUCCACUAGGUCCUCUUCAAGGUCUGAUGUCCGCAGAAGCACACGUCGCCAGGAUGGAGACGUGCUGCUAGACUCCGAUCACCAACUGCUCCUUGACUCAGUCAAGCCACUCUUCUUAAGCCUCAAUAGCGCCGUUGUGGUGGCUGCCACGUCCUUGUUUUACCACUGCGCGCCGGCGACAGAGUUGGAUGUGUGUGUGCGUCCGUUGUUGCGCCUGCUCAGGGGCCCGGACGAGCAUCAUGCCAUUGUCCUCAGCGCCAUCUACACCGUUGUGCUAUCGCGACCGGAGCCAUUUGUGUCUUACAUCAAGGAGUUCUUUCUCAUGCCACACGAUGUGAAGGACGUGCGGGAGCUGAAGGUGCGUAUCGUAUCCAAGUUGGCCACAGAAGACAACUUCACCGAACUUGUUCGUGAGUUCCGCUCGUACAUCCGCAGCUUCCACGUGGAUCGUGUCGUGGACGCAGUGCGUGGACUCGGACUCAUUGCUGCGCGGUUGACGAUGUGCGCUUCGCAGAUCAUGCGGCUGCUGGUGCCGCUUUUGUCCCACCGAAAUGCCGAGGUGGUGACAGAGUCCAUCACGGUGUUGCGUCUGCUCGUGGUGCAGGGGGCCAACAAGAACCGGACUUGUCAGCUGGUGUAUCGCCUCCUUCAGCAGGUGAUGAAGGGAGAGAUUGUCGGCGCCUCCGCGAAGGCCAGCAUACUUUGGCUUGUGGGAGAAAAUAUUCAGCAGCGCACCGCCAUUGCCACUGCGGCACCGGAGUGUUUUCGUAUCUUUGUUAAGAGCUUCACGCAGGAGAGCUCGGAGGUAAAGAAGCAGGUGCUGACGCUCGGCUGUAAGAUUUGGCUCUUCCUCGACGGUAGUGGUGAGAUGGCGGAGCGCUUCCGCAAGCUCUUCUUCUACGUGCUCGAGCUUGCCCACUUUGACGACGACUACGACGUGCGGGACCGCGGCCGCCUCAUCCAGUGCACAGUGGAGCGGCAGAGCAGCACCUUUGCUGCGCUGAAGGCGAUGCUGCUGAGCGAGAAGCCGCUGCCGCAGUCGAGCGACCCCUACGUGGAGCGGGCGCACUACGAACUUGGCACCAUGUCGCACCUCUUCGGCAACACACUCUUCGGUUACCGCGAGCUGCCGAUGUGGGCAACGCAGCCGUCGGACCCGCUGCUUCGGGGUGGGCACGACGAAGAUGAAGAUGACAAGAGCUCGCUGCUUGGCUCCAGCAGCGACGCGUCAUCUACGCUGUACAGCAGCGAGGGUGACAGCAGGAGCUGUAGCUCGGACAGUGACACAGGAGCCUCUUCGCGGUCUGCGUCCUCUGCGCCUUCGUCGAGUGGCAGUGAGAACGAGGAUGAUGAUGAUGAUGAUGAUGAUGACGACGACAACGCCCCUCCACGGCCACUAGUGGGGGUGGUGGCGAAACGCGUGCCUGUCAGAGUCGUGGUGCGUCGUACCGAUCCUGCGACGGCAACUGCUCCCGCGUCAGCGACGACGAAUGAAACGGGUGCGGCGCCCGCUGACAUCACUGACAUGGAGGAACAUGAAACACCGCAUGAGUCGUGCAACGAGAAGACGAAGCUGCAGGAGGUCGAUGCACUUGCUACUCCGCCCGAUACGGCUCCUGUAGAAGUUGAGGCGUCGGGUCCCUCGCCAUCGGCCGAACCGACAGAGACACAGCAGUAA